AUGGCAACAUCUACACCUAAUCUAGCAGUUUCGCGUUACUCCGAUUUUCGUGACGAGCCCGUUUCGCGUUUACUCGCUCCUAUUAGUGGCUAUCAAGAUAAGCCACUGGUUUCGUUAGAAGAAUCAAUAGAACCGGUAGCCCAUCUAUUUGAGGAUAUUGCAUCAAAUAUUUGGGUAUCGAAAGUGAAUUGUCAGAAUCCAGCGAACGGUCUCACUCAAGACGAGGCCGCUUCGAUUCAUUUAUACACAAUGCAGUUUAGCACGGAUCCAUCGCUCUAUCAUGCCCUUAACGACAAGUUGCGCUCAGAAAAUCGGAAUUCCUUGAGACCAUGGUUUUCUUACUUGAAAUUAUUCUUAACGGCCCUUCACAAACUUCCGUCCCAUGCUCAAACCGUCUGGCGUGGUAUUCGUAACGUAGAUUUAAGUUCGAACUAUCCCACUGGAAGCAAAUUCGCGUGGUGGAGUGUAAGCUCAUGCACCAUAAGCAUGGAAGUACUGGAAGCCGAGCACUUCUUAGGAAAUACCGGCCUACGAACCUUAUUUUCCAUCGAGUGUCAAAAUGGAAAAUACAUCGUACCUUACUCAUACUUCAAAGACAAAGAGAAAGAAGUAGUCCUGAUGCCUGGAUCGUAUUUCGAAGUUGUUGGUCAAUUACAUCCGGCAAAAGAUUUACAUAUUAUUCAUGUGAAAGAAAUCCCAUCUCCAUUUCCUCUCGUAAAACCACCAUUCAAAAAAGAAGCUUCAAGUAGUGAACCAAUUAAAAAUAACAAUGACAACUCACCCACAAACUUCAAACAAACUCCAGCAAAGGUUGCUAUGCCAUCACCUGCACCGCCACCACCCGUAGUGCAAAAAGUAACAAAACCACCAGCACCGAAAACCGUAGCAUCAGCAUCACCAAUCUCCAAGAAGGUUGACUUUUUCAAACAGUUUCUUAUUAAGUAA